AUGCACUGCGAUGUGCUCAGCUGCAAACUCUUGGAGGUUGAGGAUUGCACCGACUUCUUAUCCACCUUCGCAAAUCUCAGCACAGCUUUGCUGGCGGUUGCGGCGGAUCUAGAGUUGAUUGUAACUCAGCCACUUCAGAAGACGAUUGCGACGCUGGUAGAGGAGAGCACGGGGCGCGCAAAGCACCUGCAACAGGUUAAGAGGCGCUUUGCAGAACUGCAGGAAAGAUAUGUGAAAACGCGGCAGAAGACCUUGGAUGCCAAAUCCAAGCUUGCAGGAGCGGAAGGCGAAAAGCGAUGGAAAUGGCGGAAGUCGACAGAGAAGACUGCUGCUGACCAGCACACGGCGGUGUGUGACCUUGCCCGCUGCGAAGAGGAGCUGUUGGAAAGCGAAGCCUGUCUUCGCAAGUUGGAGGAUGAUAGUAGGGAGCGACUGCAGCAACUUGAGUGUGAGAAGAAGGCUGUGCUUCGGCGAGUCCUGCAGCAGGGCAGAGGUUCAUUGCGACGCCUCCUGCGAGUCGCGGACAAGGUGCCGCCGAUAGAUGAUUUUCAAGGAGUCAUGCCUGGGGCAGAUCAUGCAUCCGGAUGCUUGCAGGAGGUGCACAAAGUCGGGGUCAUUUUCAUGAAGACCUCACUGGUGCCCCGCCAGGUGCAGAGUCCAGACCUGGAGGAUGAGGAGGCAGAAGAUAGGGAGUUCCCAGUGGAUGCAGAUGGGAGGAGUGCGCACUGGACGCAAAAAGAGUGCGGCUUGCUAUCAAACAAAGGUAUAGAGUUGUCCUUCAGCAUCUUUGUCCCGGUGCCGGUGGACGGAACACGUUCGGAGCCCAGCAUGGCGGCAGACUACUGGGCAGCCAGGCAGGCACGCGUUGAGGAGGACGGAAAGCAGGAGCCGGCACAGGGAACCGAGACCGGCCAGCAACCACUAAGCAACCUUUGUGGCACCACCUUUGGCCAAGCCACCCCAGAGUCCCGGUUUCCCGACGUGCUUUCUGCAACCACAGAGGAUAAAACAAAAACUAGCAUUGCAAUUGCGUUGCAUGAAACGCAGCAUUUGCAGCUCUGGACGUUGGAAGUGAGGCUCUGGGCAGACAAGGACGGUGACCAAUUCAAACUUCCUCGCAGCAGACUUUACUUCCUGCCAGAGGUCCAGUGCGUGAAGCGUUAUUGCAUCGGCUAUGUUGUGCUUGGGAGCGACGAGCGAGUGUUUGGCAACAGGAAGGCAGACUCUGACGAUGAUGAAGAUGAUGACGAUGACGACCCCGGGGCGCUGGCACGCGCUGUGCCAGCUGCUCCAGAGUUAGAGUUUCAGCUGUCGCCGCUCGUUGCGGAGCAACCGCAGCGAAUCAUCGAGCGCUACAUGAAGCGAAUCUCGGAACAUCUGGCAGCAGCUGCCGAGACCGAUUGGGACAAGCUGCAGCGUCGUGCUGCGGAGCAACCGCUCGGAAGCUUGGUUGGUAAGCUGGAGAUCUUCUGGAUACAUCAGCCAGGGAAAGACACAUCUGCAGAUUCUGCUGACGGCCUCGUAUGUUUUCAAUUUGUGCAAGGUCAUGCAGCUCACUAUGCACGAAUUCUGCAUCUUUCCGUUGCCCCCCAGGAUGGAAUCAGCUGGCAGCAGGCACUGCCUGCAGCCAUAGCUCAAGUUCGGCGUUUCAUUCUUGCCACACUGCCUGUUCAGAGUCUGAGAGUUGUGGUCUUGGCAGCAGAGGACGAUGACAAACGAAUCUGCAUCGAUCGUGAUGUAGAGAUUGCCUACAAGCAUUGUCGAUUUCGCUGGUUUCAGCUCACGCAAAGACUGCGAAGAGCGAAAUCCGCCUUUUUACGUCAUCGCAAAUCUUCGCGCUCCAUUCGAUUCCUAGUCCUCCAUUCGCCCCGCAUGGACGAGGAUCCUCCUGCCCCUCGAAAUGGAAUAGGCACCAAGCCAGCUCUGAAGUUGAGUCCUCCUGCUUCUCAGGAGGACCCUUUGAAGGAGGAGCAGAAAGACGAACUUUGCCUGACCGCCGAGCAAGAAGAGUUGAGCUUCAGUGCCUGGUAA